UUCUUCCCGAGGGCGAGAUGCCCCCUGACAACAGUCAUUAUCAACUGACGUUAGCGGAAUCGAUGAGUUUUCAUCAUAGUCAAACCACUAACGUGUACCAGUCCUUGGACACGGGUGGGGAGUUUGAAGGACCCUCGGAUCCCAAGCAGAAGAAAGGCGACGGCCUGGAGGGCAAGAGUAUUGAGGAGGAGCUCUGCCGAAUCUGUGGCGAUAGAGCAUCCGGCUAUCACUACAAUGCCCUCAGUUGUGAGGGUUGUAAAGGAUUCUUCCGACGCAGCAUCACAAAGACAGCAGCAUACGUGUGUAAAUAUGGCGGCAACUGUGAGAUGGACAUGUGGAUGCGUCGCAAGUGUCAGGCAUGUCGACUACGACGGUGUCGUGAAGUGGGGAUGAAGGAGGAAUGUUUGCUGUCUGAAGACCAGUGUAAAGCCAGAGAUGCAAGACGUAAAGCCAAACAAAAGUUUGUCCUGAAAAAGGAAGUACACAGCCCAGACAGUUACGGUGGUCACAGCUCAGAAGCGGACACUGUCAGUCUAGUGCCGCACAUUGACACCAAGCCUUCCUUUCUGACCUUCCCAUCCAUGGCAUCCUCUUGUUCUGAUGCGGGAGAAUCUCCUUGUUCCAUGCCAGAUGACUCUACUGAUCCCAUGAGGAAGCUGACUAAAGAACAUCGAGAUUUCAUCGAGAUACUAGUAGCCUUACAAGACAAGUAUGAGUUUGCAGAUCAACAGAGUUAUGAGGAGACAUUGAAAGAUUUUGAUGCCAGGAAAAGUGACUCUCUUGACCCGCAAACAUUUAUGAGCUCAAUGGCGUCCACGUUUGUACUCAUCACACAGCUGAUUGUAGAAUUUGCAAAAGGUUUACCCGGCUUUCUGACCUUGUCAAAGGACGAUCAGAUCACCUUGCUCAAGUCAUCAUCAACAGAAGUCAUGUCUAUACGGGCAGCCCGGUGUUAUGAUCUGGAGUCAUGUGCCAUUAUAUUUGGAAAUGGGCAGCCCUGCACUGUUGAUAACAUGAAGGCGGCUGGCCAGGGCCGAUACAGUGAGCUGCUGUAUGAGUUUUGUCACAACAUGGCCUCUGACAAAACAGAUAACGCUGAGUAUGCCAUAUUUACUGCCAUCUGUAUAUUCUCAGAUCGGCCAGGUUUGAAAGCCAGAGAUGCUGUAGAAAAGAUACAGAUAAAGUAUGUGGAGCUACUGCAGGCAUACGAGGCAGCCAAGCGAGGACGAGGUGGCAGUGCACUAGCCCGUAUCUUGUCUCGGCUGGCAGAUUUGAGAACCAUAAGUGUGGAACAUUCAAAAGUGCUAGUGGAGCUGGAUGUGAAGAAAAAUGGCCCAGAUGUUCCUUCCAUCAUCAAAGAUAUUCUGACACUGCCCCCAGAAGGAAACUAA